UGGGGAAGCAGCGCUGGAGUUUUCGCGACGCCUGCAGCGCCGCCCUGGCGGUCAGAACGCGCACAGUGCAGCCGCUCCCACGCGAAAAUGGCUACUGGUAUUGGCGAUGCGGGCGCUGAACGUCGAAGGAAAACAAAAGGAGGCCGACGGUACUGUUGCGUAUACAAGUGCCACAACUACGUCGGGAUGAGGGAGGAUAUAUCCUUCUACGUUUUCCCAUCUAAACCCUACGAACAAGAACGGAGGCGGCGUUGGAUCCAAGCAGUCAGGCGAGCGGAUGAAGACGGUCAGCCGUGGCAGCCAGGACCAAACAGCAGAAUCUGCAGUCGGCAUUUCGUCGGAAACAAAAUGAGCAAUAUCAUGCACCAUCCGGCAUAUGUACCAACCAUUUUCCCUUCGGAAUACCACCGCCAAGCCCCUUCUGAUGCCAGCGCACCAAGCGAACGAUACGAAAGGUGGGCAGCACGGCAUCGAUCCAGCGCGGACUUUUCAGUGGGAGCUUGUCAGCCUACACAGCUUGACAAGGGUGAAUAUAUGCAGCCAGAAAAUGAUGACAAGGGCAAGGAUGUUUGCUCCCAGAGCCAUAGUCAUCUUGACCCAGAUAAAAAUGAAAAAUGUGAGCCUGCUGUGAACAGCCUUAAUCAGGAGCAGUCUGUUUACCAAGUUGCUCCACCAAGUGAAAGUGUGAGUUUAAAGCUCUUCAGUUCGCACAUUGCUGAAGUUCAGGUGCAUACAUCGCUGGUCAGCAGAGCCAUGGCGUUGAAGAAACAUUUCCUGAACCAUUGGAUCCGACAACUGGGCAACCAUGCCAGACUGACCCACCGGCCAUGCCUGCUGGAACUUUGCUGUCGCAGAGAUGCCCGCUCAUGCUUCAUCGCGCUGUAG